AUGAAGUAUGAACCAACGAAAAAAAUGCCAUCAAUUGCCAACUGGAUAACUACUAUUCAAGGACUUCAACUAAUUUGUAAGCGACUUCUAAAAGCAGGUUUCAAAUACAUUCUUCUAAGAAAUUUCAAUCAAGACCCCAUUAAAAAUAUUUUUGGAACAAUUAGAAGUCACGGAUUAAGGAACAUCAACCCAACACCUGCACAUUUUACUUCUUCAUUUAAAUCUCUAGUGAUCAAUAAUUUUACUUCUACUCAUUCUGUUGGUGCAAAUUGUGAAGACGAUGAUAGUGAUGGCAUGAACAACUUGAAAGAUUUUUUAUUCAAUGAAAUCCCUUUAAAUGAAGAAAAUGAAGAUGAAGAAAAUUGUUCUGCUCAACAUGAUGCUUUGACUACAUUCCCUACAUUAGAGCAAACUGGAAGUUUAAUUAACUCUGGCAGUAGAGCAUACGUCAGCGGCUGGAUUAUAAAAAAAAUUACAAAAAUUACAAAAAAUUGUACAGUUUGCAUUUCAAAAUUAUCAACACCGAAAAUCCUAAAGGAACAUUUCAUUAUUCAGGCUCGCCAAUACAUAGAUUGUAAUUUAUUAUAUCCUGAUUGUUACGUACCCACGUAUUUAGUAAUUAAAUAA